AGUAUCGACCUAGCGCUGGCUGUUGUUGCCGGCUGUUGAAUUCCAGAAUACUUUACCCCACGGACUUACUUUCACUUACUUUACCCCAAGCCGCCAUCGACGUUGGUAGUCCGUCGAACGGAAAGUUUGUAGCAGUUUCAGUCCGCGAGUUUGAACCGCGUUUUACGGAGGAUUCCGGCAUCGCAAAUUCCAUUUUUUGUUUAUACAAUCGAACUGAGGCCUCAUCAUGAGCGAACGGGAAGUUGUGAUCGUCUCAGCAGUGAGAACGCCGAUAGGAGCGUUUGGUGGAUCUUUGUCUACAUUAAAAGCAUCGGAUUUGGGAAGCAUUGUAAUCAAGGAGAGCUUGAAAAGAGCUAAUUUGCAACCAGAUGAUGUUUCUGAAGUAAUAAUGGGACAGGCAUUAACAGCAGCACAGGGUCAGAAUCCAGCGAGGCAAGCAGCAAUAAAGGCAGGCCUGCCUGUAUCAGUGCCCGCAUAUGUAGUCAAUAUGCUGUGUGGCUCUGGACUUAAAGCUGUGACAAAUGGAUAUCUCUCCAUCAAAGCUGGUGAAAAUGAAGUUGUAGUAGCAGGCGGACAGGAAUCCAUGAGUCAAACUCCACACGCAAUUAACUUGAGGAAUGCUGUGAAAAUGGGAAACACUGAAAUGAUAGAUACUAUGAUACACGACGGGCUGACUGAUGCGUUUAGCAACAUUCACAUGGGAGUCACAGCUGAGAAUAUGGCAAAGAAGUAUAAAGUCACCAGACAGGAACAGGAUGAGUAUGCAGCGAAAUCACAUCAGAAAACGGAGGCUGCGGUAGAAUGUAAACGUUUUGAUGCUGAAAUUGUGUCCGUUACAGUACCUACAAAAAAAGAGUCAGUUGUUGUUUCUAAAGACGAAUGUCCCAGAGUUGGACUGACUGCAAAGGAUCUUACAAAAUUGAAUCCAGUUUUCCUCAAGGAAAACGGUACGGUGACACCUGGGAAUGCUUGUGGAAUAAACGAUGGCGCAGCGGCGGUAGUUUUAAUGUCAGCAAAAGCAGCUGAGAACAAAGGACUCCAGGCACUGGCCAGAAUAGUAGCAGUUGCCCAAACUGGAGUAGAGCCAACCCUGAUGGGAAGUGGACCUAUUUCGGCUAUCGAGUUGGUGUUGGAAAAAGCCAAGUGGACUUCAGAAGACGUAGAUGUGUUUGAAGUGAACGAGGCCUUUGCUGCUCAGGCCCUCGCCUGUGUCAGGACACUUGGACUGAGUAGAGUAAAAAUAAAUAUGAAUGGGGGAGCUAUCGCACUUGGCCAUCCGAUUGGCGCUUCUGGAGCACGAAUUCUAGUUACUUUGCUACACGCGCUGAAACACUCUGAAUGCCAAAAGGGGGUUGCCUCUCUGUGCAUAGGUGGUGGAAUGGGUAUUGCCAUUGCUGUAGAACGAUUAUAAUCUUCAAUAUCAUUAAAACUACUGAUAUCCUAAAUCAAAUAUGUCACAGUACUACUAUCACUGUGCAAAAUUCACUUACCUUAACUAGAAAGUUGGAAAUAAAUAUCCUAAUUAUGGGAUAUAUACCAUAUAUAUAGUCGUACAAAAUUUAAUCAAUUAUUCUAAAUAAGAAAAAAUUAUCAUAUUGUUUAUUCGUAGACAUAAUUUCAUCGUAUGAUUGUGCUUCGAAAAAGUAUCAUAUUCGUAAUAUGUUGGAAAUUUAUACUUUUAGUCCAGGUUUUUUUUUUUACACGAUGUUUACUAUUUCAUGAAUGUUUUUAUUUACAUUUCUACAGCAUGAGACGCAUAUAAUCAUAUGCAGUCUGAGAAUAUUUUUCGUAUAUUUCAUCGCCCUACACAUUUUCGGGCAGAAAAAGGGAUAGCUAGUAACAAUAUUAGAUGUUAUAAUAUUUUUUUUUUUCUCAAUCGUCCAAAAUGACAAGAUAGUUAAUUUCAGUAUAUUUUGAAAGUUUUAUUUCUUUCCAUGUUAAGUUUACCCUUCUCAUAGUAGAAACUAAUGACAGGUAUUUCCAUUUCAGUAUUUAAUGUUGUUUUUUUACGAAGUUAGUUGAGAUUUGUUUACUCUUGAAUAUACAAUACGCAUUUAAUUCUGAGAAUUAUAUUGUAUUAUAUUCAUACUAUACUGAAAGUUGUAUUAAAAUGGUAGAAUAUUUGACAUGUUUUCAGUGUGUUAUACAAAUAAUAGAAUUUUCGUCACAUCCAAAACAAAGUAACAAAAGAAAAAUCUAAGUCUUCAGUUAGUAAAAAUAUGUAUUUGCCAUGCAUUUAUAAUAAAAUCGUCAAAACUUUA